AUGGGCAGGGAACGUAGCCCUCUAUACAGACUGGUCAAAAACACUGAACUACCCCAAAAGGAAAAAGAAACAAUGGCGGACGAUAUCGAAAUAUGUAGUAGCUGGAAAAAAUUGAAUGGAAAAGAGCGUGAAAAAUCAUCAGUAGUGGUGUUAGAGAAGCGUGAGGCGCUCUCGAAGGUCGAAGUAACCAACGAGCGUGUGCGAGAAGAUGCCCGGCCCAGCACGAGGGCAGAGGCCGAGGCGGCCGCCCCCGCCGUUGGCCGCUGGGGCGCCGAGUGGCCGACAACAACUCACGAAGAACUCUCGACGGCAGCGGAGACAAUCCUUCGAUACCUCCUCGUUACGGACAACUACGAUUCCGUUAACAACUUUAUGUCACUCUAUGACGAGUUUACCAAAACCCAGGAGGCCCUAUUCGACCUGUUCAAACGGUAUGCACCUCCAAUCAGGAGUAAGAAGCAUACGUGCGUGGGUUUGGGUAUUGAGCUGAUACGAAGGUUGAGAGUUCUUGAUAAGAAAUUUCGAGGGUUCAAUGCGGCGAUGGGUCUUGUUUCGUGUGAGGAAGCAGUGGUGGACGUACAUGAUUACGUGACCAGUGGGCCUGGGCCUGAGAGCGUGGCGAUGGCGGAAAAGGAGCACGUUAUGGUAGCCAUUCAGGUGGUCGUUGACGGAAGAUCUGGAGUCAUGCUUGCGGAUCCUGGGUACCAUGUGCCGAGGAUUGUCACUGUCAUGGCUGAUCGCGCUUAUCCUCACACUGGUUGGUUCACACAAUCCGAAGAGCCACACUGCAGGAAGGAGUAUGAAUACAGCUUCAAUCCCCAAAACAGUGCAUAUGUAGAAUGGCAUGAACGCGUGACCCGAGGGGCCACUGUCAAGUACCAAACUUCUCUUGUAUAUGUUGGCAGACCAUACCUUGAUGGAGUCAAUGUUACGGAAAGGAGAAAUUUGGUUUAUAACUUCAGGAGUCUACUGGCCCGGGACCAAAAAGGACACCUGAUAGCGGGUCUUUACUUCCCCGUGGGAGGGAAAGGAAAAGAUGCCAUGUUCACUCUCUUCUUCGACAACGGAGAAAAGAGGAAGGCCAAAUACAAGUUCAGCAUUUUCUCCGAUCCUGAUAAUAUACCAAAAACCAUCCUGGAAGAAGUGGACCUCUGCAACAAACUGAUGAAUUACAAAUCCGGUGAACUCUUACGCAUCAUCUCAAAACUGGCUAAAGUCAUCUCAGACCAAUCUUACAUUGACCAACUCUUGGAGAUCAAUGAAGAAAUUUGCCGCCUUUGUCUCUGA